AUGAGUCAUGGACCAUCACUGAAAAACUUCGAACCCGGGUACAAGCUGCUGAAAUGGGCUUUCUUAGACGAGUUGCUGGCCUUACGCGACUCGACAUGGUCCGGAAUACUGAUAUCCGGAAGAGCCUUGGAAUACAGCCUUUGCUUCUCCAGAUUGAGAAGUUACAGCUACGAUGAUCUGGGCAUGUGUUGCGAAGGCGUCGAGAAAGGAGGCCGAACCAAUUGUUUGUUGCGAAACCGACCGGCAGAAAUCCCAGUGGACGGUAAAGAUUAA